AUGAACGGCGGAGCUAUUCUCGCGCCCACACCACACCUGGCUCCAACGGCUGAAUUUCCCCGCUCUGGGCUGCGAUUGCUCACUGCGGAGCUAAUGGCUGCACAGGAGGCGUCUGCUCACAUCGUCGCGGCUGUGCGUGCAGCGGCGGCGGCGCAAAGCCAGAUCGAGAGCCAAGUCGGCGACGUCGACACUUCCACGCUCAACAGCACCACGGACGCGUUUGUUUCCUCGCUUCAGGCUGCGCACACAAAGCUUCGCGGAGAGAUUGCCAAGCGCAGCGAGGACAGGCCGCGCAGUGCCGCCGUGGGCAGUUCGCGUGACGAGCUGCAACUCGUGGCGCUGCGCGCAGAGCUGAUGCAGGCGCAUGUAGGGGCGGCGCUGGCGGCCUAUGCUUCCGGCGGGACCUAG